AUGGAACCAGAACUGGUAGACGUAGUGUUAUCAGUCUGCGGAGUUUUAGCUCAAGAGUGUGCAAACCAAAUUAUUUCUAAUCUUAAAAAUAAAAGAAAAAUAUGGGUGCGAGAUUGGGUUGCCAGGCGAAAUAUUUUAGGUGGAUCAAAUACGUUAUUAACGGAGCUCCGAGUGGAAGACAGACCAGGUCUCAUGAACUAUAUGAGGAUGAGUGAUGGUCAUUUUAAUAUUUUACUAAAAAAAUUGGAAACCCGUAUUCAAAAACAGGACACAUUUUUUCGAGAAGCAAUAACAGCUAAGACAAAGCUGGAAAUCACAUUAAGAUUUCUCGCUACUGGAGAGUCGUAUUCGUCACUACAGUACUUUUUUCGAGUGCCCAAAUGUACCAUAAGUUUGUUUGUACCUGAUGUUUGUACAGAAAUCUAUAAUGUUUUGGAAAAUUUCAUAAAGUGUCCAUCAAGUGUUGAAGAAUGGAAUGAAAUAGGAAAAAAUUUUGGUUUAAGAUGGAACUGUCCUGAUUGUUAUGGAGCAAUAGACGGAAAGCAUGUAGUAAUAAAAGCACCAGCUAAUAGUGGAUCUGAAUUUUUUAAUUAUAAAGGAUCAUUUAGCAUAGUAUUAUUAGCUGUUGUUGAUCAUGAUUAUUGCUUUCGCUACUUAGAUGUUGGUGCAAAUGGAAGAUGUUCCGAUGGAGGAAUAUUUCGAAACUCUUCAUUAAAGUUAGCUAUUGAAAAUGAUUUUUUAAAUUUACCAGAAAAUGGUUAUUUUGUUGCCGAUGAUGCCUUCCCGUUAACGAAAUAUAUGAUGAAACCAUAUUCCAGGAGAAAAUUGUCAAAAGAACAUUACAUAUUUAACUAUAGACUAUCAAGAGCGCGUCGUAUAGUCGAAAAUGCUUUUGGGAUAUUGGCACAUAGAUUUCAAAUUUAUUUGAAACCAAUACAACUUCAACCAAGUAAAGUCGAAGAAAUUGUUAAAGCAACAUGUGCUCUACAUAAUUGGUUGCGCAUCACAUCGGGGUCAACAUAUAUGCCUCCGGGAUCAUAUGAUGAAGAAUUGGCGGGAAGUACAACAGUUCGAAUGGGUUCUUGGCAUUCUCAAAUACAACCUACAGGUUUAGUUGAAGCUCCACCAUUAAGAUUUGGGCAAAAUUAUCCGAGAAGUGCGAUUGAAAAACGAGAGCUUUUAUGUAAAUAUUUCAACGAAGAAGAACCAUGGCAAGAAAAUAUUUUCGAUGUGUAA